CUAGAAAUUAGGUAUUUUUUAGAGCUGCAAUGACAUAUUAAAGGAUGAGAAAAACAAUUCUGAAACAAAUGAGAUUAACAUUUUUAUCACAUAAUAGAGAAUAUAUUUUCUACUUUGUGUUUUCUAUUCGAUACAUUUAAAAUAAAUAUCCCUGGUAACAGGAUAAUGAAAAAAUGGAAUAAUUGAUUGAGAAAACUGAUACAGAGACCUAGCCCAGUUUCCUACACAUUUAACGAGUUAAAACAAAACAAUCAAACAUUAUCAUUCUUCGUAAAAAUUCUAAAAAAAUGAUAAUUUAUAAAAUGAUUAUUUUUCUGAAUAUGUGUUGUGUAAUUCCAAUUAAAAGUGAAAAUAGUAGAAUUGAAAAAGUUGCAGGAGGAACUAUUCUUGGUCAGUAUCUGGAGGCGAAGGAGUAUAUAGAUAGCUGGAUCAGGCAAAAAAGGGAGUGCAUAGAACUGCUUGGAAGAACGGUGUGCCAUGCGGACUGGUGGACCCCUGAAAGGCCAAAUGGACGUACCUUUAGAUCUGGUUCCUGGAUUAUUGAUAACUGCAAUAUCUGUUAUUGUGCCAAGGGUGUGAUUCACUGCGAUGAUUUUACUCAGGAUAAUCAUCCAAACUGCUACAAAAACGACUCAUCAAGUGAAGAAAGGAAGGAUGAAGAUGGUUCUAAUCCAAUAAAUGAAUCUGAAAAAGAUGAUUUAGAUAGAGAUGGAAACAAGAAGGAAACCAAACAACAAAUAAUGAUCCAAAGGGAAGGAUCGUGUAAUUUCCUUGAAGAAGGAAGAAGGAUAGAGAGAGAGGAAGGUGAAGUAUGGAAUAAAAAACAGAAAGUAGACAUUGUUGUUACCGAUGUUAUAGAGGUUCGAUGCACAUGCUGUCAUGGAGUUGUCAUAUGUUCUGUAGAUUGAAGUCAAGAAUAAUUAAAACUUUUCAGAACUUCAAAAAUCAAUAAAUCAUUUAAUAUUAUAUUUGUAAUUGUGACUAUUGU